GCAACGGAGCCGGGAGGCCGCGGUGGGAGGGGAGACGGGGCACGGCGCGGCGGGAAGGGACCGGGGCGGCGCCACCACCACCACCACCAUGGAGAUCGGCACCGAGAUCAGCCGCAAGAUACGGGGUGCUAUAAAAGGAAAGUUGCAGGAGCUGGGGGCUUAUGUUGAUGAAGAGCUCCCUGAUUAUAUUAUGGUUAUGGUGGCCAAUAAGAAGAGUCAGGAGCAGAUGACAGAAGACCUUUCCCUUUUCCUUGGAAACAAUACUGUCAGGUUUACUGUCUGGCUCCAUGGUGUUUUGGAUAAGCUGCGAUCUGUGACUACUGAACCAACUAGUGCGAAAUCUUCAGAAUCUAAUAUCUUUGAGAGCAGCCUUCCUUCCAGCAAAAGCAGUUCAUGUGUGAGUGAUGAGAGGAGGCGUGAGGAUACCUUGCCACCUCUUGCAGUUUCGAGCACUCGAACAGAAAGAAAUGACUCGAGAGUUUCAACUAGCUCCCAGGAGCAAAGGAACACUGCUUCACGGCAGUCUUGUGAAGAUGGUUCUACAUCCCGCUUAACAUCUACAGUCAAGCCUUUGAGGGAACUGUCACCUUCUGAAGCUGUAAUUGACAUUAAACCUGAACCAGAUGAUCUAAUUGAUGAAGACCUUAACUUCGUGCAGGAGAAUCCUUUGUCACGGAAGAAACCUAUUGUAACUGUAACUUAUGGUUCUUCUCGUCCUUCUGCUGAAAUUUACCGUCCACCAGCUAGCAGGAGUGCAGAUGGCAAUAUACAUGUGCACAGAUUGUCACAACAGGGCAGCUUACAGGGGAGCCGGCAGUUAGACACACAAAGCUGCAGGUCUUUGGAGACAGGCCAGCUGUGCAAUCCAGAAGCAUUUGGCAGCUUAGCAGAAAGUUACAGACCCACCUCCAAACUUAGUGCCGAUAAAGUAGGCAGUGAGGAAGAAAGCUCCAGGAAGAGACGGUUGCCUGUUGUAAGCUCAGUAGUCAAAGUGAAAAAGUUCUGUAAUGAUGGGGAAGACGAGGAGGAAGAAGAGGAAGACUAUGGAUCGCGAACAGGAAGCAUCUCCAGCAGUGUGUCUGUACCUGCAAAGCCAGAAAGAAGACCUUCAUUGCCACCUUCAAAACAGGCCAAUAAGAAUUUAAUACUGAAAGCAAUCUCUGAAGCACAGGAAUCAGUUACAAAAACAACCAAUUAUUCCACUGUUCCACAGAAACAGACUGUUCCAGUUGCACCAAGAACUCGAAUUAGCCCAGAAGAAUCUCAGUUAGAUGUAAUCCAUGUGCAAAACAGACUGCCUGCUCUGAGUUCUCAGCUACAAGCAGAAGAGCCAAAGGAGCAGACAGUUGAAGGAAUUCAAGGAGCUGAACAAAAGGAGCUCUCUUCUCGGCUGCAGAUUGAUCCUGUGAUUGAAGAUACCUUGCAAGUGACUCAAGAUUACUAUGAUGCAGAAUCUAUGGUCCACACAGAUACUAGGUCAUUUAUCCUGAAGAAGCCCAAGUUAUCUGAGGAAAUAGUGCCACAGAAUCAGCAACUGGGAAAGAGGGCCACAGAGGCAGUACGAGUACUCUCAGGGCGUCUGAUACAGACACGAGACCAGCUUGCGCAGCCAGAGAAACCUGCUAGUCCCAAGUUCAUCGUGACACUGGACGGUGUGCCCAGUCCACCAGGAUACCUUUCUGAUCAGGAAGAGGAAGAUCUGUGUGUAACUGAAGGAUUAAAGCCAGUUACCCAAAAUAUGUGUGUUGGCAAAGGAUUAAAAGGCCUUCGAGCACAGCAGAUGCAAAUUGUAACCAGGCAGCUAGACAGCUGUGACGUGGAUAUGGAACAGUUAAAUGUGCUGCAAAAACAGGAGAAGGUGCUUGAGCGUUGCAAGUACUGGCCUGCCUGUAAAAAUGGAGAUGAAUGUGUGUACCAUCACCCCACGCUACCUUGCAAAGUUUUUCCUAACUGCAAAUUUGCUGAUAAAUGCUUGUUCAUCCAUCCAAACUGUAAAUACGAUGCAAAGUGCACUAAGCCAGACUGUCCUUACACUCACGCCAGUCGACGAACCCCCCAUUCAUCUCCCAAACCAGCACCGCUACCCACACCGUCUAUAUCCUCCAGUAGUCCGCUGUGCAAGUUUUUUCCUGCUUGUAAGAAAAUGGAAUGUCCGUUUUACCACCCAAAACAUUGUAGAUUUAAUACCCAGUGUACAAGACCAGACUGCACUUUUUACCAUCCAACUAUUGCUGUACCUCCACGCCAUGCCUUGAAAUGGACUCGAACUCAAACUCAGACCAGCGAAUGAUUGUGAUACACCUUGGGACUGAACUUUGCCUCCUUCGGACAGUAGCGUAAAGGAAGAUUAACCACCAGGGGCACAGGAUGUUAGAAAAAUUCAUGCAUUUUUGAACUUUUAAUAUACAUUGUUUUCAUAAAAUGAGGCUGACUGCAUACUUGAAAUGUCUCUAAUUUUCCAAGUUUGUAAGUUUGAGCAAUUUUACAUUUUUUUUACACUGUAAGAAGAAAAUGUCUGCGUAAGAAAAGUUUUACUUUAAAUUCCAUUAAAAACUUUCAAAGCACAUGUGGUGUUCUCUUUG